AUGUACUCUGUCGUCGAUCUCCACGCCAUAACCGGGACCCAGCAAGCAAAGCAGCUCAGACAAUGGAAGAGGGAAACACUGGCCGCCUUGAUCGCCGCCGGCAUUGAUCCCGAACGUUCAACAUUGUUCUAUCAGUCUUCGGUCGCGGCCCAUACAGAACUUAUGUGGAUCUUGAGCUGCACAGCUUCCAUGGGUUACCUGUCGCGCAUGACGCAGUGGAAGAGCAAAUUAUCCUUAUCCUCUGAUGCAACAAUCCUUGACGAGAGUGCCAAAGCAUCAUUGAAACUCGGCUUAUUUUCUUACCCCGUUUUGCAAGCCGCCGACAUUCUUGUUCACAGGGCAACUCAUGUCCCCGUCGGUGACGACCAAAGGCAGCAUCUGGAGUUUGCUCGGGAAUGCGCCAACAACUUCAAUCAUACCUUCGGCUCGCACCUUGUGCCACCUGAAACCAUCACUCCGCCUACUCGCCGGGUUAUGUCAUUACAACGCCCGGCCGAGAAGAUGUCAAAAUCGGCGAAAGAUUCCAGGUCACGCAUUGUUAUCACAGACCGGCCAGAAGAGAUCCACAAGAAGGUGAUGAGCGCCUUGACAGAUUCAUCAAAUGUAGUUUCUUACGACCCCCAUGAACGCCCGGGGGUGUCAAACUUGUUGGAAAUCCUGUCCGUUUUCGAUGGCAAGGGACGGACCCCAUCCCACCUAGCCCAAGAAUACUCUCAAGCUUCUUUGAAGGAUCUCAAGCAGGCUGUUUCUGAAGCUGUCAUCUGUGGUCUAUCUGGUUUUCGAGAACGAUACUUAGACCUUAUCUCGACUGAUGAGGGAAGGUACCUCGACUCCGUUGAGGCCCGAGGAGCGGAGAGGGCCCGUCAAAGUGCGGAAGAGACCAUGGUUGUUGUCAGAGAAGCCACAGGCCUGUAG